CCGACCGGAGCCUCUUCUAGCAGCUGAUCUCAGCUAGUAUUUAAACAUAUGAAAAGUGGAGUGCUAAACCUGCCCCGUGGAUAAACAAGAUCUAAACCGUAUAGUCUAGAAACCAAUCUAGUAAAACACUAGCCAGAAACAUCACCUGGGUCUAAGUUUUCUUGUGAUCUGAACCUGAAACCAAUCUAGUAAAACACUAGCCAGAAACAUCACCUGGAUCUAAGUUUUCUUGUGAUCUGAACCUGAAACAGUAUUUAUCGUAACUUUGUUAUUAAAUAGAAUACCGUAUAUGAACCUGAAUUCUUAAACCUAGAGCUCACAUUUUGAUCUGGAGCAAAGUAUCUUGAAACCUAGACUGGAGCAAAGUAUAGUUGAUUUUAAACCUGGCUCAACGUAUUUUUCAACUGAAACCUGGAGCAAAGUGGCCUUCAACUUAAACCUGGAGCAAAGUGUCCUUCAGCUUAAACCUGGAACAAAGUAUCCUUUAACUUAAAAACCUGGAGCAAAGUAUCCUUCAACUUUAACCUGGAGCAAAAUUUUUCUUCAACUUAAACCUGGAGCAAUGUAUCCUUUAACUUAAACCUGGAGCAAAGUGUCCGUCAACUUGAACCUGGAGCAAAGUGUCCUUCAACAACCUGGAGCAACCAGUGUUCUUCAACUUUAACUUUACCUAGAGAAAAGUAAAGUUCAGAAAAAGAUUAUCGUAUUCGAAGCAGAAGUGUACUUUUAUGUUUGUCACGACUAACCUCUAUAUUUUAAAAUGGUUUACGCUAUGACAGGAAUAUUCUGGAUGGUUUUAUUAAAAACUUGUUCAGCUCAGUUAAAUUCUAUCCUUGAGACUAAUUCCAAUUCCUCAACUACACUUCGUAGACCUGGAGAUAUCAAUUUAGUAAUCAGAGCUGGAGAAGUUUUCAAUCUUACUCUUCAUUCGGAUAUAUUUCUCUGGAACCUGACAGAAGAUAAUUUCAGAGCCGAUUAUAUAAUCAGAGGACGAACCCUUCUCAACCCAGUACUCCCAGCCUGGAUAAAGUACACAUAUGUACAGCAGCACAGUCACGGUCUUCUGUACGGUGUUCCGGUAUAUCAAGGAUUGGAAAAUAUUGAGAUUGCUGUGAUGAAUACGCAGACCUUUAAUUCCGGAAUAUUAAGAAUAAACCUAACUAUUCUACCUCAACCUAGACCUUCAAACUAUUCUGUAAGACUCAAGAUUGAACAUUUGAACCUUGAAGAUAUCCUUCUAGUUCCUGCAAGAUUGGAGAAAUUAUUAAACGUUUUUAGGAACAGUUUGUGGUUGGGAAGUUAUGCUGAUCUAAGAAUUAUAUUUAUUGACUCUGCUCUAAACCUUGGAGCCAGGAAUCCAAUCGAAGAGAGUUCCAAGGAAGGAGUUGUAUUAAAGCUUGGUUCCUCGUCCCCCCACUCUACCAGGCUGGAAGACCUGGAGAGGGAGACAGGACCUCUCCGGAGACUAGCAACCUGCAGCUUCAAGAGGACGAGUGAGGAGAGAAUAUUCAGAUCUGCUGGUUUUAUCAUAGACUGGUGUUUUUUCAGAAUAUUCAACGAAUCUGAGAGUUCAAACGUUUUCAUCCCUAAAAUCUAUCGGACAGAGAAGAGACGAUUCCACGAUAGAACUGGAAUAAGAAGAUCCACUAACUUUUCCAUGAUCAUUUGUGUAACCUUACCAUUGGCACUCUUUUUACUAGUUUCUGGUUCGCUAAUAUAUAUAUUCUGGAGAAAAAGUUCAACUGAAGACCAACAUUUCAGUAUAUUUCUCAAAUAUCUCCUGCUUGUUGUGCAAAAAAGUGUUUUGAGUAAAGAAACGAAGUUAUUUAACCCGAAAGUUGACAAUGCCAAAGAAAAUUAUGGUUCGGAUUCCUCAAACCUAAACUUCUCUAGUAUUGAUCUUCGACACACCAGGGCAUCCUCUGUACAGAGACAAACUGAUACUCUCAAAUCCUUGGGACGAAGACGAGAUAUUACUCCUAGGUUACAGAGUGGAACGGAUACAGGUUCCAUUAUCUCCAGGUCCAGGACGACUAGUCCAGCUCCUACCCAUACGAUCCCAGGUCGGAUAUUUUAAUUUUCUCUUGCGUGCUAAAGGUUA